CGUAUCCAUGCUGUUCGAGCUCCGAAGCUUGGCGGCGGCCCUUCUGCUCUGAUGCGAUCGGAGUCCGGUCGUCUUCACUUCCAUUCUUUCCUUGAUUGUGACAAAGCUCUGUCUGUCAGCAGGCACUUUUCUCACAAUGAACCCUGCACGUUCGUUACAGCGACUCAGUCGCUUCUUUCCGCGUUCCUCUAUCCUCCCGGUGUUAUCGCGGAGUUUCACCAGCUCUGUUCCGUCACUAUCAAAGGGCACUCCGCCGCGGGGCUGGACUCCCACGCCAUUUGUAACAGAGACAGUAGGAGGAGGCUGGCACACAUAUGAUAUCUUCUCCCGACUUCUGAAGGAACGCAUAAUAUGUCUCAACGGCGAAGUAGACGAAACCAUGUCGGCGUCUAUCGUCGCCCAACUCCUCUUCCUGGAAGCCGAUAACCCCCAGAAGCCGAUUCACUUGUAUAUCAACUCCCCUGGAGGCUCGGUCACAGCGGGUCUCGCCAUCUACGAUACAAUGACCUAUAUUGCCUCCCCCGUGAGCACCAUCUGCGUUGGCCAGGCCGCGUCGAUGGGCUCCCUUCUUCUUUGCGGCGGUCACCCCGGCAAACGUUACUGUCUGCCCCAUUCGUCGAUCAUGAUACACCAGCCGUCGGGCGGGUACUUUGGACAGGCGACGGACAUUGCGAUUCAUGCAAAGGAGAUCCUGCGGGUUCGGGAGCAGCUGAAUAAGAUCUAUAAGCGUCACUUGACGGGGAAGAAGGAGUUGUCGCUGGAGGAGAUUGAGAAACUUAUGGAGAGAGAUUAUUUCAUGGGGGCUGGGGAGGCGUUGGAGAUGGGUAUUGUCGAUGAGAUUCUGGACCGCAGGGUUAGGUCGACAGAGGAAGGGGGUGAAGGGGAUGGGAAGCCACCGACUCCUUAGAGGUUUUCUUUCUUCGUUUUCUUGUUUGGUGAAUGGCAUACAUACCCUUGUUGCUAUGUAAUAUUAUCAUGACUUGUUAUGGAUUUCGUUGUCUUCGAUACUAUGUUCAAGUGUGGAUCUGAUUGUGUCUGAUGCCUUCCGAUUCGUUAUAAUCGUAUAGCG